UAUCCAUAGGAACGGGUUUACACUGUAGAGUGUUGCCGGCCGGCGUCAAGGAGAAUAGAGUGCCAUCCUCUUCCUCUCACCGUAGCCGCCGCGGAGCGGAGCCGAGCAGAUCAGAUCCAGGAGCGCGGUUACCGGGCGGGCUGGGUCUAUGGUCGCUCCGCGGGCCGCUCCGCCGGCUGGUGCUUUUUUAUCAGGGCAAGCUGUGUUCCAUGGCAGGGAACUUUUGGCAGAGCUCCCAUUAUUUACAAUGGAUUUUGGAUAAACAAGAUCUGUUGAAGGAACGCCAGAAGGACUUAAAGUUUCUCUCAGAAGAAGAGUAUUGGAAAUUACAGAUAUUUUUUACAAAUGUUAUUCAGGCAUUAGGUGAACAUCUUAAAUUAAGACAACAAGUUAUUGCCACUGCUACGGUCUAUUUCAAGAGAUUCUAUGCCAGGUAUUCUCUGAAAAGUAUAGAUCCUGUAUUAAUGGCUCCAACAUGUGUGUUUUUGGCAUCCAAAGUAGAGGAAUUUGGAGUAGUCUCAAAUACAAGAUUGAUUUCUGCUGCUACUUCUGUAUUAAAAACUAGAUUUUCAUAUGCCUUUCCAAAGGAAUUUCCUUAUAGGAUGAACCAUAUAUUAGAAUGUGAAUUCUAUCUUUUAGAACUAAUGGAUUGUUGCUUGAUAGUGUAUCAUCCUUAUAGACCUUUGCUCCAGUAUGUGCAGGACAUGGGCCAAGAAGACAUGUUGCUUCCCCUUGCAUGGAGGAUAGUGAAUGAUACCUACAGAACGGAUCUUUGCCUACUGUAUCCUCCUUUCAUGAUAGCUUUAGCUUGUCUACAUGUAGCCUGUGUUGUACAGCAGAAAGAUGCCAGACAGUGGUUUGCUGAGCUUUCUGUGGAUAUGGAGAAGAUUUUGGAAAUAAUCAGGGUUAUUUUAAAACUAUAUGAGCAGUGGAAGAAUUUUGAUGAGAGAAAAGAGAUGGCGACUAUUCUUAGUAAGAUGCCGAAACCAAAACCUCCUCCAAACAGUGAAGGAGAGCAGGGUCCAAAUGGAAGUCAGAACUCUAGCUACAGCCAAUCUUAAAACAUUCCGAAGAAUUCCGUAGUGGACCAGUUGGAAAUAAACCAUUGGACAGAUUUCAGUUAUGUCUUCAGUGGAACACAAAGGAAAAUGAAUAGCUUGUUUCUGUCAAGCAUAUUGGGAAGUGAUUUUAUUUUUGCAAAUAAGUUUUCCCUUACCUAAUUUGAUUCUAGCACAUAAUUGAUUAAAAUCUCUUGAUUAUAAAAGCAUGAAAGGUUCUAAGGGGACCUACAGACAGACUUACAUAGACAUUUCAAAAUUAAUAGCUUUUGAUUAGUAUAAUUUUUCUUAAUUUGGAUAAUAGAAAUUGUAGCUUUUUAGUAAGCCAUGAAACAUGAAGCAUAAUCUGUUUAAAAUUCUCUUUGGUCAUUGAAGGACCAAAAAAGGACAUUAAAAAGUGAAAUAUUUGAGGGGUUUUUUCCCUCCUUAAGUUAACUUUAAAACUGUAUUUAAGGAAUCAAAUCUUACAAAAUCCUGGAAGAUUUUGGUAAUGAUGUUGAUAAUUUCAGGGAAAUUAAUCAAGUACCUAUUGAUUUAAAAGUGUAUUUUAUUCAAUAGUUUUAGUAUCUUGCCAUGGAAGAUACUAGCCCAGCCUAGCAGAAAAGUGCAAUAUGUAUAGCAUACUUUGACAUUUUAAAAGUUAUAUUAAUUCCGUAACCAUUUUGAAAAGCUGGGCAAACUUUUAAAAAAAGAAUCCUACAUGAUGUUAUUUGUAUUUGAUUCACAGUUAAUCAGGCAUUUUGAAAGCUAAUUGGAUAAAACAUGAUAAUAUGGUUGAAAUUUGGUAACAUUUUAAUGUUAAUUUUUACUCUACUGUGAAAAGUUUUUAUAUGACAUACACACCCUAGUUUAUUUUUGUGUCUUAGUGUGGAUUUACGAAUUUACUACAGGUAUCCUGAGCCAGGAACACAAUCAGGUUUCAGGCCAGUUUGAUACUGGCUAUUCUUAAUUCUCAUGAGUGUAGGACUUUGGACUAAAUGUCAUGUCAGUGGGCCUGUGCUGUCUGUGGAAUUUAAUCAUUUUCUUCAGAUUUAAGGAGAGUGAUAAAAUUUGGAGUCAAAGGAUAUUGAUGUACAAUUUAAGGAUUAAAUUUUUUUUAUAAAUCAGUUGUGAACAAUGGAUUAUUAAAUUAAAUGUUGACUUCCUAGUAUAAAACUGCAAGAAUAAAAAGUAAAGUUCUCCAGCUA